AUGAAUCUGACGUGUAAUUCAACCCUCGAGGACAUGAGGAUCCUCCCCGGCUCCGAGAAACUCAUCGUCGGCCCGUUGACCUUCCACGACCUCGCCCUCGUCAUCGCCGGAUCAUGUAGCAUCAUCGCCAUCUCCCUGUCCCUCUACCUCGUCUUCAUGCACGCCAACAACUACACGAAACCACGAGAGCAACGCCAGAUCAUCCGAAUCCUGUUCAUGAUCCCCGUCUACGCCGCCUCCUCUUUCCUCCAGCUCUACUACUACUGGCAUGCCGUCUACUUCCAGGUCAUGAGUGAUUGCUACGAGGCCUUCGCCAUCGCAUCCUUCUUCUCGCUCAUGUGCCAUUACCUUGCACCCGACCUACACUCCCAGAAGGAGUACUUCCGCAACUUGCAGCCCAUCAAGCCCUGGGUCUGGCCCCUUAACUGGUUUGCCAAGUGCUGCGGUGGUGCGAGGGGCCCGUGGCGCACGCCCAAGAGCGGUUUGACCUGGUUCAACAUCAACUGGAUUGGAAUCUACCACUAUGUCUUCAUCCGUGUCGCAAUGACCGUCACCGCCGUUGUAACGCAGUACUUCCACCGCUACUGCGAGAGCUCCAACAACCCGGUCUUUGGUCACAUCUGGGUCAUCUCAAUCAACUGUGUGGCUGUCACAAUUGCCAUGUACUGCGUCAUCCAGUUUUACGUCCAACUUCGCGAAGCUCUCGCGCCGCACUCACCCUUCCUCAAAGUACUCGCCAUCAAACUCGUCGUCUUCUUCUCCUUCUGGCAGGUGACGUGUAUCUCCGUCGCCACGUCUACUCUUGACUUGGUUCACCCGAACGAAGUCCUCGCCUACCCCGAUAUCAAAGUCGGCAUCCCCGCACUUUUACUAUGCUUCGAGAUGGCUCUCUUCGCCCUCCUGCAUCUCUGGGCCUUCCCAUGGAGACCAUACGCCCCCGGCGCAAAGCCCACCUACUACCCGAACCCCGAUACCCGUGACAUCAACGGCCCACAGCGCGAGAACGAGCACUCUCCCCCAUCUGGCGGCUGGCUUGGCCUGGGCGCCAUCGCAAACGCCCUUAACCUUUGGGACUUCGUGAAGGCUUUCGGUCGCGGCAUGCGCUGGCUCCUCUGCGGUGUCAAGCGCCGCAAGGAAGACUCCAGCUACAAGACCGCCGCCAACUUGGAUAUGGACGACUUCGACAAGGGUGACACGACCUACCGCCCCGGCGCAAAGAGUACCGAGCACCUCCCUAUCGCCCACGAGUUCCGCCGCAGCACCUUCCUCCAGCCUUCGAGGCCACCUCCGCGCCCCGCCCGCGCCGACAACGAGAGUGACAGCCUCAUUGCACAUGCUCAGCCGCACGCUCAUGAUAUGUCACCUCCACGCCGCCCUGUGCACCCGCACUCUCCGAUGUCGCCUAUCUCACCCUACCAAGACAAGAGUUAUGAAGCGGCCGGCAUGGUGCCGGCAUAUCAUCCGGGGGCGUAUCACCCCCAGCGCGACGCCGACGCCGAGUGGGAACGCACAGCUCUAGCCCCGGCCCCGGGAGCCAGCACGAGUCCCGUAGCUACGAGUCCCGUGGCUAGUGGACCUCGGGACCUUACGCAGCAGCGGGUAGGAGAUGCUCUUUGGGGUCCUCGCUCCGCCCCUGAGAGUCCCGUUCUACCGCAGUCCGACCAAAUGCCGGCAUACGGCAACGGAAAUCAUGGAUACAACCCUAAUGCCGGGCCCGGACAGGCUUUAUGA